AUGCCGUUUGGCCAAACGUUUCACAGGCCCGCAGUUCACGUUAAAAGGGCCCGCUUCCCCGGAAGAAGGCCGCCCCCGCAGGCCCCGCCCACCGCCUACGUCACCGGGACCCUGCCCGCUGAUAGGCCACUGCCACUGCCACCCGCCGCCAGAUCCCGCCCACCGUCUACGUCAUCGGGCCCUCCCACCGAUAGCCUCCGCCCACCGCCGACGUCACCGCCCCCGCUGAUAGGCCCCGCCCGCUGCCUCUCCCCGCCAGGCCCCGCCCACCUCACCGGUCUUCGCGCCCCGCCCACCACCUACGCCCCGCCCGCCGCCUACGUCUCGGGGCCCCGCCCACUGAUGAUAGGCCCUGCCCACUACCUCUCACGGCGGGGCCCCGCCCACCUCCAGGACCCGCCCACCGCCGGCCCACCGCCACGUCAUCAGGCCCCCGCUCACCGCCAGGCCCCGCCCACCGAAAGGCCCGGCCCACCGUCGCCUCAUCAAGUCCCGCCCACCACGUGCUUCGUCAGGGCCCCGCCCUCCGCCAGGCAGCGUCGUCAGGCCCCGCCCACCGCCUACGUCAUCAGGCCCCCUCUCACCGCCAGGCCCGCCCCACCGUACACGUCAUCAGGCCCCCUCUCACCCCCAGGCCCCGCCUGCCGCCUACGCAUCAGCCCCCGCCCACCGCAUACGUCACCAGGUUCGCUCACCGCCGGGGCCACGCCCACCACUUACGUCACCAGGCUCCGCCCACCGAGGGGCGGGGCCUCCCGUGGGUGCCGCGCGCUGUGGGCGGCGGGCACGCGGUCUCCGGCGCGCUCCCGACCGUGA